CAGAGUUCCAAAUGAGAGUAGCCAUAUUGUUAUAAUCGGAAAAUAUUAGUUUAAAAUAAUUUCCGUUACAAUGAAGCUAUAUGUCGAAUUAUGGGUUGCCGCUAUAGUUUUAUUCUAUGUUGAAAAUGGACAGGCACAGAUACUGACGUAUGAGGUUCGGUUGAAUAAUCAGCUACGUAUGCAGCAAGGUAUUGGAUGGCCGUUACAUCUGAAUGUGGCGGAAGGUCACGAGGCCUUAAUGCGUCUCUCUGAAAAACUAGAGAAUCAGCAAAGCUGCGAAAUUACGACUCCUGCUGGAAUAACGUUUAAUAUCCGCAACCCACCGAACACUAGGUUCUCUCCUUGGAGUGAUGGCUGCGGUGUGAGAGUCCACAAUAUUUUGCCCAGGGACACGGGACGGUGGCGUAUGACGGCUACCAGUGGAAAUCAUUCGAUCACCGGCUGGUCCGAGGUUCAUGUGACAGCUUCAGUAACGAGUGAUACGGAGGGGCCUAUAUCAUUGGUAGAUGGGAGCACCAACACAAUAGUGGGACUUACGUCUUUAAACAAUUCGUAUUGUCUUGUUACUCAGCCGUUCUCUGAGACUACGUUGAUCCCGGGUCAGUGUAAAGUGACUCUGGACCGCACCAAUAGGGCUGUGCAAGGGAGGUGGAGUGCGAUACUUGGUGUUCCCGGGCGAGUGGCCGAGUUACGUAUUGAUAGAAACGUCAUUGUGGAAGGUGAGCGCCUCGAUGUAGGUUUCGUCCGAGACACACAGAACCAUAAUAUUCAUUUGUACUGCAACAUUCUGCAUACGGAGAAGAAUAUAACAUUUUGUCGUUUCCAAAAAACUACAGAAACAUCUGGUCUCAAUGUCAGGGAUGGACUCAGUGAUGGUCGGUACAGCUAUUACGGUGAUGGAUUUUUCAAAAGACAUUGUGGAUUAACGAUAGAAUCUGCCACUUCUGCUGAUUAUGGCACUUGGCGGUGCACGAUUGGAGUUCAAGAGAGAGUGGGCAAUGUCAUCCAUCAAAGAACACCAAUGCAAGCUCUCAUUACCGUUUCUGAGCAACAAGCCCCAAUGAUAAGACGGCAGCUCACAAGCGACAGAUCAGGGUCAGAGGAUGAAAUGCGAACAGUGUUUGUAGAGGACAAUACGAGCUUAACAUUAAUGUGCCGAGCGGAUGCUUCUCUCAAAUAUUGUUGGUUCCAGCAUCCAAAUGGCUCUCAAUACACACCUGUGGAGCGACAGGUUCAAGGUGAACAGGCAUUCUGGUACACAGGGGAAAAUCUUCAAUCUGGCGAUUGCGGGAUUACCUUCGCACAUGCAUCUCAAAACGAUUCUGGAGUAUGGACCUGUCAUAUGGGUUACAGAUACCAAUUAGGGAUUGAGAUAAUGCAAGAUAUGAAAGUGCGAGUGACUGGUGCUUUAGCUGCUAAUAAACAAGAAGUCCAAACUGAAAUUGGUGGCACUGCCACAUUGUAUUGUCACACUUCUAAUGGACCCAGGCCACUUGAUUACUGUAGAUUUUUGGCACCCAAUUUUGUUGGAAUAAGUCUUGAUGCAUCGGUUACUGCUGAGAAUGCCAUUCUUAAUCGUUAUUAUUUCACUCCUGGGAGGGAGUUAAGUCACGGCGACUGCUCUCUUACUAUAAACCCCGUUACUGCGGAUGACUUGGGUCAUUGGUUCUGCGCAGCGCUUCUACACGAUCAGAUUGUGGAAUCAAAGGACACUAUUUUUCUUCAUCAAGAUAGUCAUCGAAUGCCUGCUUUCCAAGCCAGUUUGAUUGGAGCAUCUGUUGGCAUAGCAUUCUUAGGGAUAGUGUUCGUUGGUGUCCUUUGGUACAAGAAAGGCUGGCAAAUACCGUGGCCUACCUCACUUAGAAGGUUCAGCAGCCGAACUGAAACCAGUUCUAUGCAAAUUAAUCGAGUCUCAGGUAUAACGAGCACAGGACGAAGAGGAAGCAACAGUACGACCAGUAGCAACGAAAUUGACGGACAGCCAUGAAUUACGCGAUAAUCAAUUCUAUUGACUAUUUCAUAAAAAUAUUUUUGCUUCUGGCGUAUUCCACCUCUUUGUUUAUGUAUGUGAUAUUGUGA